CAGCAGAUCGCCUAAGGGAAUAUUAACACUACUCUGUUGGCAAGGAUGUAUUUACUGGUCAAUGGUCGACUACAUCGAAACAUCUUCCGAUCACCAGAAUCAAUGUCUCGGUUCCUCGACAGGCAGAUCCGUGAUCGUAUUCUAUCAUUCCGAGAGCAAAACCCUAGGGCAUCAUCUACAAUGAUGCAGCAAUGGCUGAGUUGAGUAUCUUCCAUCACCGAUUCUGUCCCUCUCCUCUGAAUCAUCGUCGCGUUUUCUCCCCGACGUUUCAUUAUUAUCAAAGCUCUCUUCUUCUAUAUGUGGGCUUGGGUUAAGUUAGGUUUAUUGAUAUGAGAUUCUGUCUCUGGGCUGGGCUGGGCUCUUAAAACAAACUAAAGCCAUUUGGGUUUGUAACAUUUUAUUUCCUUUUGUUUUUAAUAUGAAAAACCAGGUCAAAAAAAAAAAAAAACAAUAUAACCUUACAUUAAAAAACGAAGCCAUAAUGAUAAAAAAAAAGACUCUAUGAAACGGAAAAGAAUACUCCAGCAACGUCGCCAUGUAUAUGUAUACGUUCAUAUAAAUAGGCAUCAUCAUUCAUCACUCCACAUAUCAACACUUUCUCAUUCUCUACAAUCACACAACCAAAACCCUCAUCCUUCCAAGACAAAGAGCAAAGAGUUAACGUAUAUAAUGGCAAACGGCGGCGAUCUCCGUUCUACCGCCGCAGGAUCAUCCAUCGAACAAGAGUCUCCGGUGGUUCUUCCUCCUCCUCCACGUGAAAUCCCCACCGCCAAUAUCCCUCCUGCAAGAUCCACCGCACCAAAUACAGUCAAUCUUACUGAAGAGAAUCAAUCUUUAGUCAACUCAUUGCGCUACUACACCGCCUUAACUCAUCAAGAAAGGGAGACGUUUAUGCAGUCGUUGUUCAACUUAAUGACUAGCAACGAAGAAGACGGUGCGGCUCAGUUUGGAGAGGUGGUCUCAAGAAGCGAUCUUCCGAGGAUGGCCUUGUUGCUGACGUCAGAUCUCGAUCGUUUCUUGGAGAUGGCAAGAACCAAGAACGGCUCCAAACGCAUACAGGAGCUACUCGGAAUAACAGACGACCUGGACACCUACUUCUUUAACGCUAUAACGCGCCGCUUCUUCCGCUUCAUGACCGACUAUGAGGCGUCCAGAGUCGGGACGCAAGGGAUGCAUGUUUUCAGCCAGGAGAAGAAAAAAACUAUGUACGAGCACGUUCUCCGCCACGCGAUUCCCCUGGCGUGUGACCCAAGCGGCUUCGCCGUGCUGAAAGAAAUCAUAGACAGCUUGGGCAAUCCUUUCUACAGAGGCCGGCUCUUGGACAUAGUCGCGCAGAACGCUCUCUACUUAAGCUACAAUGCUCAUGGGAACUACGUGGUCCAACACGUGCUUCGACUGAAUGACUUACGUUGCACGCAUAACGUUGCAGUUAGCCUCAGGGGGCGUUGCUUUGGCCUCUCGUUUACGAAGUUUGGAAGCUUUGUCGUGCAGAAGCUUUUGGAUACAGAGGAGGAGGCGGUUAUGGUGGUGAGAGAGUUGGUGCGGUGUGAUGAAGAGAGUUUGGUGAGGCUGGCGAGGAGUGAUUACGGGAAUUACGUGGCGGUGAAGGCACUGAGAGUGAUGGAGGAGAGGAAUCGGAUCGAUUUGUUUUGGGAUUUGGCGAAUAAGCUCAGGCCCUACGUUCAUCUCUUGCGUGGACGCAGAAUUGGAGCAAUCCUGAGCUCGCUUAAUUAGAUUUGUCUCAAUGGCCUGCAUGCAGGUUCUAUUGCUUACGAUAUAUGUAUGCUGAAAGUUGUUAGAUUCUGUGGUUUGCUUAAUGAAUUCUUGUAAUGAGAUUUGUCACUAAUGAUGGUAAGCGAGCCACAUUUGAUUCAACACAAAGUGAGUGUAAAUGGUAAAAUGGAUUGUUAGCAUUGCCUUAUCACCAUGAUCAUGAGGAUGGAUUCAUUCACAAUGUAUGGGAAGAACAAAAAAAAGAGAGGAAUUAAUCCAUUUCAAACAUAUUGAGACUGGACCAACAUAAGUAAAACCUGCAGGUUUGACAAAUUUAGUUAUCUUGACAAUUUUAAAAUUUGAACUAAUAUAUAGAUUACUGUUACUUUUAAUUAACAAAUCUUAAUUGUAGUUAGUAUGGUGAAUGAGAUUACGUAUGACGGUAUGAGCCCUUACAUGCUUAUACUGCUGGAUUUUGUUUUAUA